UGUGUCUUUUUUAUUCCUCGUAUCUUCUAAACUCAAACCCUGAUGAACAUCAUGGAGAAACUUUGUGCAGGACCAAGGGUAACAAAAGAAGCAAGAUCCAAGAAAAUGCACCAAGAAUUAAGCAACAUGGACAGCCUCCCACGGGAGAUUGCUCUUGAUAUACUAUCAAGAUUACCUAUAACUUCUUUAAUCCAGAUUAAGUGGGUAUGUCGUUCUUGGCGCAGCUUAGCACAAGACCCUCUUCUUGCUACCAUGCAUUUAUCUCGCAUGAAUGACAAUGAUCCAGGUCUUAUCUUGCACUGUGACUUGCCCCUCCAAAACCAUCUCUAUUCUCUGCAUCUUUCUGCUCCAGAUAUAGUGACUAGACUUCGUGAGCCUAUGAUCUCUGAGUUCGCCAUAGUUGGCUCUUGUAAUGGUUUAUUGUGCCUUUGGCAUUCACUAUACAAAGAUAAAUGUUAUAUAUACAAUCCUUUUACCAGGGAUUUCAAAGAGCUGCCUAGACCAGAACAGUUUCAGACACAAACACGAGUUGCAAUGGGAUUUGGUUUCCAUCCAGGGACCAAAGAGUACAAGGUGGUCAGGAUUGUCUAUUACAGGAACGAAGAUGAAGCCUCCAGUUUCCAAGUACGAAGAUAUUUACCAGAAUCAAAUGUGCAAGUUUUAACUCUUGGCAGUGGCAGGUCCACCUGGAGAAGCAAAGGGAAAACGUGUUACCAAAUCCUUGGAAGUGGCCGUCCAUACCAAUCCAAUGUUUUGUUAAAUGGAAGACUUCAUUGGUUGACAUGCAGGCACAGGCAUCAGUCACUUCGUCUACUGGUCUCCUUUGACUUGGCAGAUGAGCAAUUCCAGGAGGUUCCAAAUCCCGAUGGGAUGUUUGGCAGGCGUUGCUCUCAUCUGGCGAUUCUAAGAGGUUAUCUUUCAGCCAUAGUUCAAGGUUUUAGACGGCUUUCCAUUUGGGUUAUGAAAGAAUAUGGGGUAAAGGAGUCUUGGGUCAAGGAAUUCAACAUAGGAGAUCACUUGCCGAGACACAUGGAUCUAAAUCAAGAACAGUUCAUCUAUAUUCCAGAGUACCCAAUAAAUUGUUCACAAGCUCGAGUUUUAUGCCUUCUUAAAAAUGGUGAGAUAUUGCUAGAAUACAAGAGGAGAUCACUGUUUUCUUGUGACCUAAAAUCUGGGGCAUUUAAGGAGCUUGUCGGUGGAGGUUUGCCAGAAUCUUUUAGUACAAUUGUUCAUAUAGGCAGCCUCAAAUUGAUUAAUUGA